GUUAAGCAUUAAAAUGUCUAUAGACCGAUAUGUUUAUCAGAGUCCCUUUAGUUCACGUUAUGCUAGCAAAGAAUUUCUUUAUUUAUUUAGCGAUCAUAAAAAAUUUUCAACUUGGAGACGGUUAUGGAUAAUAUUAGCAAAAUGUGAAAAGGAACUAGGUCUUCAUAUAACUCAAGAUCAGAUAGAUGAAAUGGAAAAGAAAGUGUCUGACAUUGAUUUUGAUUAUGCGUCACAAGAAGAAAUUAAGGUUAAACAUGAUGUAAUGGCUCAUGUUAAAACAUUUGGCUACCAAUGUCCAAAAGCUGCACCUAUAAUACAUCUUGGCACUACUUCUUGUUUUGUGGGGGAUAAUUCAGAUUUGAUAAUAAUGAAAGAAGCAUUCGAGUCAUUGAUCCCCAAGCUGGGAGCGUGCAUCAAUGCCCUCGCGUUAUUCGCCGAUUCUUGGAAAUUUUUCCCUACUCUGGGAUUCACUCAUUUUCAACCUGCCCAAUUAACAACUGUCGGCAAAAGAGCCUGCUUAUGGUUGAGCGACUUGUCUCAAGAUUUCAAAAACUUUUUGCGUUUUAAAAAUUCUCUCAGAUUCAGGGGCGUCAAAGGGACAACCGGUACCCAAGCUUCUUUCCUGCAUCUAUUCAACGGAGAUGCUAAUAAAGUCGAAGCGCUCGAAGAAAUGGUUACACGUGAAUGCGGAUUCGAAAGUUAUCACAUGAUAUGCGGUCAAACUUACAGUCGCAAAGUAGAUUAUGAGUGCUUGUCCGUCUUAGCUAGUUUUGGUUUAACUCUACAUAAAAUGUGUACCGACAUACGAUUGCUGGCGCAUAUGAAAGAAAUCGAAGAACCUUGUUCCAGAGACCAAAUAGGCUCCAGUGCCAUGGCAUACAAAAGGAAUCCAAUGUUGAGCGAAAGAUGUUGCGGUCUAGCUCGUUUUUUAAUGAACCUCUCUCAAGACGCUCUCGGCACGGGAUCGGUUCAGUGGCUUGAGAGAACUCUAGACGAUAGCUCAAAUAGACGACUAUGCCUACCCCAAGCUUUUCUUUGCUGUGAUACCAUUUUGAUAUCCCUGUACAACAUUGUAAACGGAUUGCAAGUUUACCAAAAAGUGAUAGAAUCCAAUAUUCGCAAAGAGUUACCUUUUAUGGCGACGGAAAAUAUCCUUAUGGAAAUGGUUAAAAGAGGUGGAAAUAGACAGGAUUGUCACGAAAAAAUAAGAGUGUUGUCCCAAGAAGCUGCCGCUAACGUCAAAUUACACGGGAAAGAAAAUAACUUAAUGUCACUCAUACAGGAAGACCCUUAUUUCGAACCCAUCAAAGAUUCUUUACACGACAUAUUAGACCCUAAUAAUUUUAUCGGUUUAGCUCCUCAACAAGUCGAAAAAUUCUUGAAGCACGAAAUUUAUCCCAUGAUAGAACCCUUUAAAUCGGAAAUUGCCAACAUAUCAUGCAAGGAGGGCGAUAAUAAUGGGCAAUCAUCAUUAGCGAAUUCAUUGCGUUUUUGAUAAAUUAUUAAACAAGGAAAAAUAACCCUAA